CGUUUGAUUGGUUAAAGCACAGCACUGUACCUAUUUUUGUACUAUGACACUACGUUAUCUCUAUUUAUAGACACACUAUUGCACAAUAAGUAUACGGCAAUGUGAAAUUUUAGUCAUUAGAACGAAUGUAGACAGAAGGAACGGACAUUCAAACCAGCCAAACGGGCAAAGGCCAGUAAGCAAGGCAAAAAAGCCGAGCAAAAACUUUCACAAAGGGAGCCAUAUUGGAAGGCGGAUUCAGCCUUAGUACGACGAUUGUUGAUACUCUCAACAUUACUACCACCGUUACCACGACGGAGCUACCUAAGGACUUUGUUGAUAUGUAUUGUGACCAGGAAAUACAGUGCCACUCGGAAGCUGGGGAGAUUGUUCCGAAUACCCUUGAUGAACUUGUCGACUACUUGGACAUCGAGGGAGAAGGGAAGGUUUCUGGACUGUUCGCUGAUGAGAUUCAUACAAUCACCAACGAACAGUUCAAAGAAUUCACUACGUUCGGUACAGAAGACGAGUGGCCUGUUUGACACAGUUAAAGCUGGCAAUACAACUUUUGCCAGCGAAGCCUCGAAACCUGCUGUACUGGACAUUAACAAAAUGGAUAUAGGCAGCAUGCCGGGCUUUGAGCCCAAUGAGGACUUGGGUGGCAUUAUUGCUGAUAUGCCCUUUGACCUCAGCGAGGAAGACUAUCUGGACAGCUUUGUGGAUCUUUCAAAUUUUCUCCUGCCGGAGAAUUCCCUGAAAGGAUCCAACAUUGCAAUCGAUUCUGGAGUUAACAAUGGUAAAGUGAAGGAGAAUAUCCCUGAGGACUUCUCUGGAAUAAUUGACCAUCUUAACUCCGAACCAAUUGUAUUUGAAGUAAGCCCAGAAGUAGUCUCCUCAAACAUUUCAUCACCUCGGAAACGCAAGCGUGUGGAGUAUGAGGAGGUGUCAAAUGACGACUUUGUUAUUGAAGUUGUAGAUCAAAACUUUGGCGUGGAAUGCACUGUUGUUGAUCACGACUAUGUAACAAAGAAGCCAAAGUUGGCAGAAGAAGUCACAACUUCUAAAGCAUCAAAGCAAACAUCGACCACUCGGUCAAAGGUGACAUCAGCACCAAAUGGGGUCGAUAAGUAUCGGGAGAGACGUGACAAAAAUAACGAAGCGUCUCGACGAUCUAGACAGAUCAGGAAGAAAAAGUUUGUUGAAAUGGACAAAGAAGCUAAUGAUCUAGAAUCUAGGAACGAGACUUUAAGGAAGAAGAUCAUCGAGUUAGAGGCCCUAGCCAAAACCAUGAAGGCUAUGCUGAUAAAGAAGAUGACUGACAAAUAAAUUAACUUUUGCUGAAAAUAAUUAAGUUAUUAAGCAAUUUGAAUUAAAAUGAUAUUUUAAACAGCUUUUGAUGGAAUAUGAUAAUUUUUUAUCUUACUAUUUUUUGUAGACUGAUAUGUGUUCAGUUCAUUCAUAAAAAUGGCAAAUUUUAAGGAUCUUUCUUUAUAAUUUAGGGCAAGAUGGAGUUUGUCACAUUUCUUAGUUAUAGAUAAAAGAAAUUUUAUUGUUCUGAUGUUUGAUUGCUUAUGGAUAAGUCGUCGUGUGACUGAUGAAAUUUAUCUAUGAAAAAAUAGCAAAAAAAAGAAGAAAUUCAUGUAUGAAAAAAUAGCAAAAAAAAAAGAAUAUAAAAGGUAAAAAUCCUGCUAUAAAAAGAUAAUAAACGCUAAACAAGCAAAAAAAUGUUCUAAUGUAACAUGAAAUUUUGUAUAGUUUAAUCAUAAUUCAAGUUUGAAUUGAUCGCUAUGUUAGUACAGUAAGAAAGUGUUGUAGUAAAUUGUUAAUAUCUCAGAUUCUUUAUUGAAACUCUACACUUUUAUAUUAAAACACAAACAUGUAUGUAUUGUUUUGUCUUUUAAUCUUUUUUCAUCACAUACCUGUGCCGCUUUUGCGACUAAAAGCGGUAUUGCACGUCCGUGCAUAUAUUUUGAUUUGACAUCAUUUGCGUUAUACAAUUAUAGUGUAAAGAUAUGCAGUGUUACACUAUAGGUGCGUCAAUGAAAAUAUUUUACUUUUUCACUUUAAGCAGUCUUUAUUUUGGGUAUGCGAUAAAUAGAAUAUUAUAUUUGUGUAGGUUCAUUCCUAAAUUUAUUGAACAUGUUGCAUAAAUUCAGUAUUGAACUUACACUCAUUCAAUAUCCUCUACAUAUAUUUAAUAAAUGAUGCAUUGUCAUUGAUUCCUUUUCUUAUGUUGAAGAAAUGUUAAAGAAUAUAUACAUGUUAGUUAAAAAGGUAUACACCCAUGUUGAACCAUGCAUUGUUGAGAUUUUGUACUUGUUCAUAAAUUGAAUUAAUUCUCAUAUGAUUGUGGCAUUCCUAAAUACUGUUUAUGUACAUCAAAAAGUUGAUUUGUAAGUAUAAUGAAAUUCAGUUUGAUAAACAGUAUGAAAUUAAUGUAAGAUUCAAGUGUUUAAAAACUGAGCCAUACUCAUUUUCUUUCAUUUAAUAUUUGGAAAAAAAAGAGCAAUUUUCAAAAAUUGACCUUAACCAGAGACAAAUUUUACGGGUUUAUUUUAUAGUGAAAAAGACAUCUGUAAUGAACUUAAAAACCUGAUUUAUUUAAAUUGUCUUUUUGUGAUGGUACAUUUUUUGUGUAUCUAUAUUCACAGGGUUUCUAGUAAAAAUGCAUGAAGUGCUAAAUUUAGUAUACUUUACUUUUUAGUGAUAUAUAUUUAUUUAUGAUAUGUUGAAAAGCUUCCUUGGCACAUAUGUUUAAAACCUUGGAGCUUUAUACUUGAUAUUUAUGCAGUCCCUGUAACUUUAUUAUAACUGUUUUUAAAUCUGAAUAAAAUAACACAAUGUGAUUAUAUAGAAAUUAUAAUAAUUUGUUAAUUGAUUUUAAUUUUUAUAGAUGCUGAUAUUCAACUAACCUUAUUAAUUGACAAUUGAGAUUAUCCACUAAAAUUGUUAUGUUUGAUAACUGUUAUUUAUUAUAGUACAAAACAAAUGGGUACAAAUCAGGAUUUUCAGUUGAUAUUAACUAGAGGGUAAUUAAAAGAUUUACAGACAUCCGUUUACUAAAAUUAUAAAGGGAAAAAGAAGUAAUAGAUCUUGAUACAGUUUUCUUCAAAGUUUAAAUUUUAUUUGUGAAUGAGCAGAAAAUUGUUAAUUACAUACAAAACUUGUACAGAUAUAGAUUUUAUUGAUUAACAAAUAAUUGGAUUCUGUAUAAUUGUCAUUGAAUGUGUCAUAAUUUUAUUUUAUAUAAGUUUAAAUACAGUUAUUUAAUUAGGUUAUUUGCAUAUUUUGUAUGAAAGUUGUUGUUUCAUGAUUUAUUAUGUUUGUUAUUGUUUUAUAUCACAAAGUUAGAUUUUUAUUGUGGGAAAACUUUACCAUCAACAUUUUCUUGAUAGUUAAUAUCAAUACCAUAUCUGUUCAGGUUAACAUUCAUUUUGUACUUUGAUUUUGAUAAAUAUUGACCUAUUUUACUAUCUAGUAUGCAAUUUAUUUUAUAAUUGAAGAUAUUCCAUGCAUUUUGUAUGAUGAAUAGAAAAAGAAUAAAAAACGUUAAAACUCUGAA